AUGUUUUUCUCUUGCAUUCCAUUUUUCCAACAACUUACUGGAAUUAAUGUCAUCAUGUUUUACGCUCCCACUCUUUUCAAGAUCUUAGGAUUUGGUGAUGAUGCUUCACUCAUGUCUGCAGUUAUUAGUGGUGGUGUCAAUGUUGUUGUUACACUUGUUUCUGUCUUCACCAUAGACAAGUUUAGAAGAAGGAUAUUAUUUCUUGAGGAUGGCACACAAAUGUUUAUUUUCCAGGUUAUUAUUGGAAUUAUGAUUGCUACAAUGUUUGGAUUGACUCGCCAAGGAUCAUUUACAAAAGGCGAAGCCGACAUUCUUUUGUUCUUUAAUUGUGCAUAUGUUGCGGCAUUUGCAUGGUCAUGA